AUGAAUGUGGCAACACUGCCACACCUACAUAACCUCAUAACUUGAAUAUGUUUUGAUCUUAUUUAAAAUGCAGAAAAGUAUAACAUCAUUUUUCACUCCAGUAGGUCAAAAACCUAACAAAAAACAAGAACAAGAAAAUGGAAUUAAGGAGACAGAGAAGAAAACAAAGAGAAGUCGAAGUUCAAGUGAUGAGGAGGCUAAUGAGAGCCCUCCCAGUAAAUCUAAAAAUAAUGCCAAAAGGACUAAGUCUAUGGAUGCAUCGUCACCUGCAAAGGAAAAUAUAAACAUUAAUUCAUCAGGGAAGAAGAAAAAGAAAAUUGCCAUAAUUGAUUCUGACUCUGAAGAAGAAACAGUUGUGAAAAAUGAGGUAAAAGUAGAAGUAAAAGAAGAACCAAUAACUCCAGUUAAAGUGAAAGAGGAGACAUCCCCAAAAUGUGAAACAAAAGUUAAAAGUGAGGUGAAAUCACCAGUAAAUAUUAAAACUGAAAAGAAAACACCAGAAAGUAAUAAAAAAUCAUCUUCCAAAAAGGAAAAGGCUUCACCUAAAACCAAAAACAGUCCAAAAGAAGAGAAGAAAAAUGUUCUUAAUUUUGGCCAAACCAAAAAAGUUGAAAAGACUGACACAAACGUAUAUGAUCCAACAUUAUCAAAAUACGACCCAAUAGAACACGCCAUAUGGAAACGCGGAGAAAAGGUACCAUAUAUGGCAUUGUCCAGGACGUUGGAAGAAAUCGAAGUAAUUUCAGCCAGACUAAAAAUCGUGGAAAUCCUCAGCAAUUUUUUCAGAUCAGUCAUUGUUUUAACUCCUGAGGACUUAUUGGCCAGCGUUUAUUUGUGUUUAAACAAACUGGCACCAGCUUACGAGGGUCUGGAGUUGGGGGUGGCUGAAACCAGUCUAAUGAAAGCCAUAGCUCAAUCCACAGGUCGUACCGUCGCCCAAAUCAAGGCCGACUCCCAAACGGCCGGCGACAUAGGAAUCGUCGCCGAACAAUCCAAAAGCCAUCAAAAAAUGAUCUUCAAACCCGCCCCAUUGACAAUCCGGGGGGUUUUCGACAAGCUUAAAGAAAUUGCCAACAUGACUGGACACGCUUCACAAAACAAGAAGGUACAAAAAAUCCAGUCCAUGUUCGUGGCUUGUCAAGGUUCAGAGGCGAAAUUCUUGAUUAGAUCGUUGGCUGGUAAAUUACGUAUCGGCCUGGCCGAACAGUCGGUGCUCCACGCACUGGCUUUGGCGUGCACCACAACACCUCCUGGUCAAGAUUAUCCUCCUGAAGAAUUAAACAGGGCUAAAACCUUGGGGGCGGAUGCCUUCAAGGCGGAAUACGACAAAAUGUGCCUGAUAUUAAAGACUGCCUAUUGUGAGUGCCCCAACUACGACAUGAUCAUCGCAGUUAUACUAAAGGACGGCUUAACAGCUCUGCCAGAGAAGUGCAAGCUAACGCCGGGCAUUCCGCUGAAGCCAAUGUUGGCGCACCCCACCAAAGGUGUACAAGAAGUCCUACAACGCUUCGACAACAUGACGUUCACGUGCGAGUGGAAGUACGACGGUGAACGUGCUCAAAUCCACAUCGACGAAGAUAAGGUGCACAUUUUCAGCAGGAAUCAGGAGAACAACACUUCCAAGUAUCCGGACAUUAUUUCCCGGUUGGGUAAAUGCAGGAAGGAGACCGUCAAGUCGUGCAUUUUGGACUGCGAGUCCGUGGCCUACGAUCCAGAGAAGAAGCAGAUUCUGCCCUUCCAGAUUUUGAGCACACGUAAACGAAAAGAUGCUACAGAGGCGGACAUUAAAGUACAGGUGUGCGUCUUCAUGUUUGAUUUGCUGUACCUGAACGGCGAGUCUUUGAUUCGACGUCCCUUCAUUGAACGUAGGAACCUACUGAGAGAGCACUUCAGUGAAGUGGAAGGUGAGUGGAGCUUUGCCACUCACAUGGACACAACCAAAAUGGAGGAGGUGCAGGAGUUUCUAGAUGAGAGCGUUAAAGGCAACUGCGAGGGUCUGAUGGUGAAGACGUUGGAGAAAGACGCCACUUACGAAAUUGCCAAAAGGUCGCACAAGUGGCUGAAGCUAAAGAAAGAUUAUUUAGAAGGUGUUGGCGACACCUUGGACGUUGUUGUCAUUGGAGGGUAUUUGGGGAAAGGCAAGAGGACUGGAACGUACGGCGGGUUUUUACUGGCCUGCUACGACAAGGAUAAUGAGGAGUACCAAAGUAUUUGCAAAAUUGGAACUGGAUUUAAUGAUGACAUACUGGUGCAGCACUCGGAGUUUCUAAAGAACCAUGUCAUACCGAACCCCAAAACGUACUACAGGUACGACCCCUCCCUUGAACCAGACCAUUGGUUCGACGCGGUCCAAGUCUGGGAGAUCAAAUGUGCCGACUUGUCCCUGUCACCUAUCCACAGAGCUGGCCUCGGAAUUGUUGACCCAGAGAAGGGAAUUUCGUUGAGGUUCCCCCGUUUCAUCCGGAUCAGGGACGAUAAAGGUGUGGAAGAUGCGACUGAUUCGCAGCAAGUUGCGUACAUGUAUUCGAACCAGGAGCAAGUCAAAAAUCAACAAGGAAACAACAAAUUUGCCGAGGAAGAUUUUUAUUAAUCAGCUGUAAUUGUUCUAUGUUAAUACAAAUUUUAGCUGUUAAGUUUAAUGUUAUUUUCGAUACCUUAAUAUUAGAUUUCAUUAAAAUAUAUUAUAAAUUU